AUGAAGUCCGCGAAACUCUUCUACCUGUCACUCUUUGCGCUUUGGGGGACACCUGGGCAAUGUAAGAGCAGAGAAGCUCGAGAUGAUUCAUGCGCAAUCUCGCCCCGCGCCAUCGUAUCCGACGCUUGUGCCUCUUAUUCCACACUCGAGAAACUGAACCGUAAAGUCAAACCAGCCUUAGACGAGCUAACCAGAGAAACCGACUUCUUCUCCUACUACCGCCUCAACCUGUUUAAUAAAAAAUGCCCCUUCUGGAACGACGAAAAUGCCAUGUGUGGCAAUAUAGCCUGUGCAGUAAACACAAUAGAUAACGAGGAAGACAUACCCAAGAUAUGGAGGGCAAGCGAGCUCAGCAAGUUAGAGGGUCCGUCUGCGAAGCAUCCCGGGAAGAAAGUCCAAAAAGAGCGACCGAAGAAGCCACUGCAAGGUCUCUUGGGAGAGAACGUAGGCGAGAGUUGUGUAGUGGAAUAUGACGAUGAAUGUGACGAGCGGGAUUACUGCAUACCGGAGGACGAAAGCGCAAGCGGCAAAGGCGACUACGUUAGUUUAGUUCACAACCCUGAGCGUUUCACUGGAUACGCCGGCGAAGGUGCCAAGAUGGUAUGGGACGCCAUCUACAGGGAGAAUUGUUUCCAGAAGUCUUCGUUCCCGCAUUCUGCCUCCCUUGGCAUCAGCCCUGUGGCUGAAGGGCCAGCCGCACAGGACUUCCGCAAUGUGCUUCAAGAUGCAGAACGACAGCAAAUAUUGCAAUUGCAUCAACAAAAUCCAAGCACUACAUUCACGCAGACUGGGUUAGAGAAUGAAGGAGAGUGUCUGGAGAAGCGCGUGUUCUACCGUGUCGUCUCCGGUAUGCACGCAAGCAUUAGUACGCAUCUUUGCUGGGACUUCUUGAACCAGACUACCGGCGAGUGGCAACCCAAUCUAGGAUGUUACAAAGGAAGAUUACAUACACAUCCUGAACGUAUUUCCAACUUGUAUUUCAACUAUGCUCUCGUCACCCGUGCUGUUGCCAAAAUUGGCCCGCACUUGCAGAGCUAUACGUUCUGCACUGGCGAUGAAGACCAGGAUGCAGCUACGAAGGCUAAAGUCCUCGCUGUAACUCAGAGUGCGGCCUCAGUACCUCAGAUUUUUGACGAGGGCCUCAUGUUUAAGAAUGGUGAGGGUCCGUCUCUAAAGGAGGAUUUCAAGAACCGGUUCCGGAAUGUCAGCCGCGUGAUGGACUGCGUGGGUUGCGAUAAAUGUAGGCUAUGGGGCAAAUUGCAGACUGCAGGAUACGGUGCAGCGCUGAAGGUAUUAUUCGAGUUUGAUAACGACAGCGAGGAUAUCCCGGUGUUGAAGAGAACAGAACUCGUAGCGCUGUUUAAUACCUAUGCCAGACUAAGCAGCUCUAUGAAAGCUCUUGUUGGGUUCAGGGGCAUGGUGGAGGCUGAGGAGAAACCCACACAGGCGAUACCUGACAGGGCCAAGAAGCCACAUGCGGUUGGUAUUUCAAAAAAUACACAGGAAUCAACACCAGAAGCCGAGUCGGAGCUCGAGGAGGAGUGGGAUGAGGAAGACAACGUGCCACCUAAAGGGGAACGCCGCAGCCCAGAGACGGCAAGUGACGCAUUCAACGAGGAGCUUUCUAGGGUAUACAAGGCAUUUAAGAUUGUCAUAAAAUCUUGGGUAGCUUUCCCAAAAACAUUGUCCUAUAUCAUCCUCUCAGAGUUAAAACGCCUCUGGGAGUUCUACAUCGGUUUGCCCGUCUCGCCCCGUUCCUGGGGGUUCGCGCGGCCUAGCCUCGAUGAGUUGUAG